AUGAACCCGUUUGGGAAAUGUAGUGGAUUGGAUGUUGGAGGAUUAUUGAAAAAGACCAGCCUGUACUUAAAAAGGAAAAUGUUGCCAUAUUUGGAAGAAAAAAAGAAGUACAACUAUGAGUUUGCUACAUCCACUUCAUUUCAUGGGGUGCAAAAUAUUGUCCGAACCCCGAGCAAGAUGCGCAAGGUGGUAUGGAUGCUAGUGGUCAUGGGCUCCCUUGUCAUCGUCACUUGGCAAGUCUACAAUCGCUUCAUCUAUUAUUUGAGUUGGCCAACCACAACUUCAGUGGUAGUUCAGUAUGUGGAAAAUAUUGAAUUCCCUGCUGUGACUUUUUGUAACUUGAACAGGUUCCAAAUCCAAGCAGUAGCCAACCUCAACAUCAUUUAUUUUCUCUGGAGCAUUGUAUCUGGAGUUCUUCGUGCAUUUGCUCUGGAUGACAAACUAUCUCAGGACCUAAAUGAUUUCUUGAAUGGAAACCAAAACUUCAGCAUUAAAGAGUUUACAAAGAAUAAUGGAUUUUUUCUCAACAACAGUACUUUAUUAGAAUGUGAUUUUUUUGGAAAGCCAUGUUACCCAGAGGACUUCGAACAUGUUUUCACUGAGUAUGGAAACUGCUUUACUUUUAACCACAUUGAUCUUCCAGCAAAGAGAAGAGUGAGUGUCUCUGGAAGAGGCCUAAGUUUAAUUUUUGACAUCAAACAGGCACUCUUCACUGAUGACCCUUCCCUGGGUUUUAUUGAUGCUGGUAUAAUUUACGUUAUCCAUUCACCUAAAGAACCUCCACGGUUUGAUGGCUUGGGCCUGUCCACACCAGUAGGCAUGCAUGCCCACGUUGCAAUCCGCCAACUAAAGACAGUUAUCCAAGAAUACCCUUGGGGAGAGUGCAAUCCUAAUAUCAAACUUCAGUAUCACAAUAUCUACAGCACCUAUGGAUGUGUACAGGAAUGCAAGGCCCAUUACAUACAGGACUGGUGUGGAUGUUUGCCAUUCAUGCUUCCAGGAAAUGGAACAGAAUGUGACCUACUAAAAUCUUACAAAUGUGUUUCUCCUGCAUUAUAUAACAUAGAUAUACUGGGAUUGUGUACAGUAGGCACCCACAAUUCCACUUGCCCUGUCCCUUGUGAAGAAACAGAUUAUCCUUCCACAGUCACCUACUCAAGUUUUGCAAGUGAAAAAGCCUUAAAAUUCCUUUCUACCAAACUGAAGAAAAGUCCAGAUUACAUCAGGCAGAAUCUUGUACAUAUUGACAUUAACUAUCAAGAUCUGAACUACAAAAUGACACAGCAGCAGAAGGCCCUGACUGUAUCCGAGUUGCUUGCUGAAGUUGGUGGCCAACUUGGAUUAUUUUGUGGUGCCAGUAUGAUUACAAUCAUAGAACUUGUUGAGUAUAUUUUCACUAACUUCUGUUGGAUGUGCAUCUUUCUUCUACUGAAAGCACCAGAAAUACCCCAAUGGAGCAUCCCAACUCAGAACCAGAUAGCUAAGAAGGGAAUACAAGAAUGCUGA